AUGAUCAGUUGGGUCCUGCUUUGUUUUACCGUGUUUUCUGUUUUCGGUAUUACUUCCAGUGUUGAAGUGACGAGUGGUCAGCAGUUGCCUGGUAACAUCACCCUCGGUGGUCUCUUUGUCGUUCACCAGACGACUGAUGAUGGCGCAUGCGGCGAACUUUACCCGCAAGGACUUGGUAAUGCAGAAGCAAUGAUUUUCGCUAUUGAGGAGAUAAACAGAAAUCAUAGCCUGCUUCCAACCAUAAAGCUGGGAUAUGACAUACGUGACUACUGUGAAAGCCCUGAAAAGGCAAUGAGGCAAACGUACGAUUUUGUCCGGGGAAACGACGCCAGAUGUGCUUUUCCACAUGUAGAAAACAAGACCAUAGAGAAAACAAAGCCGAUUGCAGCAGUUAUUGGUCCAUCAGACUCAGGAAGUGCUGUUCUAGUUGGUAGCCUUUUGCAAGUGGGAGGAAUUCCCGUCAUCAGUCACUCAGCAACUAGCAAUGAGUUGAGCUCAAAGCAAUACCAUCAUUUUUUCCGCACUGCUUCCCCAGAUGGACAACAGGUGAGUGCUGUUGCUGAUAUUCUAAAGUAUUUUAACUGGAGUUAUGUAGCUGCCGUGGCAAUGGAUGAUUCAUAUGGUAAAAACGGCAUGAGAAGUCUGGAACUUGAGGCUGAAAAUAGGAGAACGUUUUGCCUUUCUUUUGCUGAAUUUAUUCCACGAAAGGAAUAUAAUACAACAAUAAAAAGAAUUGUAAGGAAGCUGAAGGACUUCCCAAACAUUGGCGUCGUAGUCCUUUGGGUUUUUGGCAGUUAUGGCCGUCAUUUUCUAGAGGAAGCAGCAAAACAGAAACUGUUUAAUCGCACCUGGAUUCUUAGUGAUGGUUUAGCCACACAAGAUGAUUUGUUCAAGGGCCUAAAAACUGAAGACCAAGUAAUUCUUCAUGGGUCAUUCGGUAUUCAGCCUCCAUAUGUUGACAUGAACAGUAGCAAUUUCAGCAACUUCCUGAUCGAAAGAUCGACGUCGUUAACCAAUUUUUCAUGGUGGAAGGAAUUUUGGCUGUCGGAGGACAACAAAGACUGUUUCAAAAUGAAGAAUCUAGAAAAGCAAUGCAAGGAAAUAGUCUUCCACAGAUUAUGCGAGACCUACACUCCCUAUGUGGUGGAUGCCGUAUAUGCUAUUGCCCACGCCCUUCACAGCAUGAAAAACUGCUCUGCAUCACAUUGUAAGAAUCUUGGAGAACACAACAUUCCAAUGAAUACAAAGGAUCUCCAGAGGUAUCUUCGUUUUGUUAAGUUUUCAGGAUUAACUGGUGAGGUCAGCUUUGAUCAUUUGGGAGACCCUGAAUCAUCGUCAUACGAAAUUGUCCAUUUUCAGGUUACUAACAUAUCAAAUCCAGAAAAGCUGAUCAUUGGCUCGUGGCUAAAAAGCCGCAAGCCAAGACUUCACUUGAAUCUUAGCCAGGUCAAGUGGAAUUCCAUGACUAACGGUUUUUUUCCGAAGUCAUUCUGCCAUGAGGAUUGCCCUGUAGGGACAAGUCGGUCAAUGACCACACCCUGUUGUUGGAAGUGCCUCAGAUGUCCAGAUGGAGCAAUUAGCGCACGAAUAAACGAGGAAAACUGCACCGAGUGCCCUCGAGGACAGUUACCCAAUGAAGAGAGGUCAAAAUGCUUGGAUCUUCCAGAAGUUGAAUUCAGAUGGUCAAGCGUCGCGUCAGUACUUGUGAUUCUCUUCAGCACAAUUGGAUUUCUUUUCAUUGCCAGUUGCAGUUUCAUCUUUCAUAAACAUCGGAAGACUCCACUAGUCAAAGCAGCUAAUCGCGAGCUAAGUGCAAUUCUUAUGUUAACAAUCACGAUGUCAUUUUUAGCAUCCAUUUUAACUCUCGCCAAGCCAACAGACUUUGUGUGUGGUUUGAUUUACUGCUGGCGGGCUAUGGUCCUAGUUACGUUCAUCUCCGUCCUGAUAAUCAAGACCAUGAAGAUUCUCAGCGCAUUUCACAUAAACGUUGUGGCGGAGAAGUUCAAAAAGUUCAUUUUAGUUACAAAAAAACAAACAGUAAUCGUUCUGGCGCUUCUUUUUCCACCCACUGCACUCUUUUUCUUAUGGAUUGCAUUGGAUUCACCGCAUCAAAGACGAAUCAUUCAGAUAAACGAAGGUACAUCUCUUUUUACGUGUUCCUUACAUCGGUCAACAGUUGGAAUGAGUUUUCAAAUCAUCAUCUCUCUAUAUACGUCCCUUCUUGCAGCGACUUGUACAUACUACGCUUUCAAAGCUAGAACACUUCCUGAAAACUUUAACGAAGCCAGAUAUAUUGGAUUUUCUAUGUACAUUUUGCUCCUUUCCUCGGUGGCAUAUUUGCCGAUUGACAUCGGACUUACAGGUGUCUACGCAACAAACUUGACAUGCGCAUUGAUACUUGUGGCUUCUUACGGACUAUUAACCUGCAUGUUUGGGCCGAAGAUCUACGCAAUUCUAAUCACGCCUGAGCAAAAUACACAUCAUGCUGUAAGUUCACAAGUGUCGCAUUAUUCGUUUGGACUUUUUCGAAAGGGCAAUACUGGCAUUGCACCUGUGAAGUCAGAUGCAACAUACAACCAACAAAACAUGCAACGGAAAUUUUCCUCGACAACUCAAGUAACUACCUAGAGAGGUAUUCUAAGAUCUUCAAUAUUGUCCGAAAAGUGUUCAAGGACUUGAAGGAUCACACUAAACGAUAGAUAUGAUUUUCUAUAAAGUCAACAAUCAUUCACAAGGCGCGAAGUAUUUACCACAUUGUGCAACUAGAAAUAAUUUUAAGAAAACAUUUUGAGCCAUCUUAGUCUCGACAUGGGGCGAUAUUUUUGGCUGUUUUCAUUUCUACUAAAAAAUUGAGUAAACUUAAAAAUAAAAUUGUUUGCUAGUACUUACAUACACCGACGAUGAGCAAUUUUGAAUUAAGUGUUGAAAUAAAUCCGGGAUUCCUUUGCUUCACUUCGCUUUGUGAUUGGCCCAGAAAAAUUCGCUCCAUUUUCUCAACCAAUCAAAUUUCAAACUAAAAGCAAUCGCGACUUAGUCGCACGCGUUUUCCCGCGCUUCAGGUGGUUUAUUUUUUCCUUAUUGCUCUCAUGCUCCUUACGAUAUGUUCCUUUGUUUUGAUUUGCUUUGCUAUUACCUCUGUUUUGGUUUACGACACUCAAUCCAAAUGCACUCUGGCUAUGGAAGAGAAUUACACAUAAUGUAACGUGCUAAUUCUUCACAUGCCCUUCUUGUCAGGCUAACGAUCUUAGAUUCAUCGAUUGAUGUUUUAAACUCUUUUUGUUUUGAAGGCUUCAGCUGGUUUUGACACUUACGUUUACGAAAAAGACUCUUCUUGUCUCAGAAAUGGCGACCCUAUUGAAAAAUAGAUCAUAUCAAGAAAUAACAUGAUCGACAUGACAUGUGAUAAUGAUGUCGAUAUGAAAUACUCAUUUAUGACACCUUCAAUUCUAUACAUAAUGAAGUAUGCACAGUGGGUUGUUUCCUCUUUAAAUCAGUCAUACGGAGGAAGUUGUGAGAUUAUAUCAUUCAGAUGCCGCACUCCAAAUAUACUUGUCAAAAAUCUUCCAAAAGCAGCCUUUUCUAUCCGUCGGUCAUGUAAUCCGUCGGUCAAGGAAUACGGAAGAAGUAAGUCUGUUAAUAUUCAUUAUUAUUGUGUUUUCACUUGAAUGUGAAAACAAGAACACUUCAACGAAGGGAAAACAGUUCUUGGAAACUAAAGGUAAAAAACAACUUGUUAAUUUUCGUGCUCUGAGAUGUAAGAAGGAUCAUUGAGACAUACCGUUUUAAAGACAUUUUCCUUCUUUUCAUGUUGACUGCAUAAGAAUAAGCAAGUUUAAGUUUUUCGACUGAAAUUAAGGUGAUACUUGUGACACGACUACACGCCGCCCAAUCAAUAACCUAGGGUUCUCAAGUUAACUCGCAUAAAAAAUAAGUUUACGUUGAUGGCUUAACCUUUAGUAAGUUGAGUUCUCCACAACUGCCAAAACUACAGAAACAAAUGCCCAUCGCAAACGUCCGCUUAUGUCGCAAAUAGAGUACAUGUGCCUAAGGGUUCAGAUAACUCGCAAUAGAUAGACCUGCCUCGGAUAAGGACUUUUCAAACCCAAACAUUCGACUUGCAGUAAAAAUUCUGAUUCUAUUUGAGUUAAGAAAGAAAUUGACACAAAUAUUUUUUUGUGGGUGACGGUGGACGUCGCUAUAGUAUCUAGAGACUAAAAACGUUAAAAAAACGCUAUUGUACCAUAUCAGAGUUCUUAACAAUAGAAUGGUGCAAUAGAAUAGAUGAAAGACAUUACCGGAAAGGAUAAUUGUACUUAAGUCCACGAAAUUUAGCACAAAAAAGGUUUUGCUGAUCAGGCGAGAAUUCACUUACGGUUUUUAAAUGUUCGUUGCAUGCACGGGUCGGCGUUGCUGCCGAAAAGCGUGCGAGUCUUGUUUACGGUGCUAUACACCUGUUCUUUUUAAAAUGCGUCACAAGCUAAAUACACAUAAAUACGAAUAUCAGAGGAAAGUGCUCAUUCCAUUUUUUUCUGUUUUCAAAAAUUUAUUGUUAUUGGUUAGUGAAUAGCCAGUCGACGAUGGCGUUCUUAAAAUACAUGUUCUUGGACGUCCACACCAAUCUAUCAAACUGUACUUAGUAACUUUUUCCUUUUACUCUCUAUAGAAAACGAGCGCGAAAACUUCGGUUGAGUCACAGAAAUGCCAAUUUGGUAUGAAAAGUAGACCAAAGUGCGAGAAAGGAAUACAACCCAAAUAUUUCCUUAAAAUGUUUCUACGAACCACUCAGGAACUAAUUAAAUUGAUUUGUCACAAAAAAAUGACAAGCUUUCGGCACUAUGCUAAGUUUCCUUCAAUUUAGCCGACACUUCUUGAAAAGGUAAAUAAACCAGAAAAGCCGUGAAGUUUCUUAAAGAGAGAUGUAAUUCGUCUUGCAAAAAUACUCGUCUAACAAUGCGUCUUAAUUCCUUAAUGCGAAUUUUUCCUAAUAUUUCAGCUAAACUUAGACAACAUCCGCCGUCAGCCAAAAUGAAACAAGAACGAUUUUUUAUGUGUAACGCUCAAAAAUUCAAAUUAUCUCUGUUUCGCAAACAGGUGUCCAAACAUAAUAUUAGAAAUACAUGUAAUUUGUCGAUUUUUUCGAUUGAAACUCAAAUCUUAAUCGGGUCUCUUCAAGAUCGAAAGCAGACUUUUUUCGCUUGAUUCCUUUUAAAGAAAAACUUUCUACCUAACACAUCGCUGAUGAGUCCAAAGUAAGGACUUUAUACUGUUAUCGAUACUACAUCAAAUUCGACUCCUCCGCUCACGAUGUCUAUAUUAAUCCUUAUCGCCGUCCAAAACCAGGCGACAAUAAGCUAGCGUGACUUUUUCGGUUGAUCUCUCUAACUCGAUAAGUCAUUUUUCCGAUGAUUUGUUUCGUAACUAAAAGUUAAUCAAGUAACUCUAUUUGCCUUUGUAACAGGGAAAAACAUUCUGCGAAAUGUUCGUAAACAACUGCGUGUUACUUUCAGUGGUGGUGUCCUAUGGUUUUCAGACGUCGUCGGGGACGACAAGUAAAGAUCGUUAUCAUGUGCCUGGCGACAUCACAAUCGGAGCUUUGAUUACACUACACCACACCAAUGAUGAUGGCGAAUGCGGUGAUUUUUCCCCAACAGGACUUGGCCAUGUGGAAGCUAUGAAGUUCGCCAUCGAUGCAAUCAACAGGAACCCACAGCUGCUUAAAAAUAUCACUCUAGGAUAUGACAUUCGAGACUACUGCAGAAGCACUGUAAAGGCAAUGAAACACACGUACGAUUUUGUCCGAAUAAAUGAAUUGGCUUUAGAAUUUCAAAACGCCAGGUUCGUUGGUGCAUUAAAGAAUAACACAGAACAGAAGAAACGUACUCCAAUAACAGCUGUGAUUGGUCCGACCGAUUCAGGGGCUGCGAUCUUUGUAGGAAGCCUUUUACAAGUGGCUGAAAUCCCACUCAUCAGUCACUCGGCAACAAGCGAUGAGUUAAGCUCCCCGCAGUACAGUUACUUUUUUCGCACUGCUCCUCCUGAUAGAAAGCAGGCGAGGGCAAUGGCCGAUAUAAUAGAUUACUUCAAUUGGAGCUACGUGGCUGCUGUGGCAAUGGACGAUUCUUACGGUCGGAAUGGGGUCCGGAGCUUAGAAACUGAGGCAGGCAAAAGGCAGACAUUUUGUCUUUCUUUUGCAGAUUACAUACCAAGAGAAAAGUACAUAACAAAGCUAGAAAGAACCGUGGAGAAGCUUCGAAGCCACACAAAUGUUCGUGUUGUAGUGCUAUGGCUAUUAAGAGGAUAUGGACGUCGAUUGCUCGAGCAGGCUGCAAAACAGAAAAUGUACGACCGCACCUGGAUUUUCAGCGAUAGUUUGACAGCUGGAAGGGAGGAGCUUAUGAAAAUGAAAGACGAACAUAAAGGAGUUGUUCAUGGGUCAUUUGGUAUUGAACUUCGUCAUUUUGAUGUUCAAUGUUUCCAAGAUUUCUUGAUCAAAGAAUCCAUCAAGUCCUUACAAGAGGAAAGCGCCUCUGCUCCUUGGUGGAAAGAGUUUUGGAAGCAAAAAGGUAAUUCAUCUUCCAAUGACACAGUUAUUAGUUCGGUAUACAACAGCUACAUUCCCUAUUUGGUAGAUGCCGUGUUUUCUGUUGCCUUUGCUAUUCACAACUUAAGCAAAAUCUAUCCUACAGUCGAUCCAAAGAAACUGGAGGCGCAUCUCCGCCAAGUCGCAUUUCCAGGAGUAACUGGGGAAAUCCAAUUUGAUCAGUUUGGAGACCCUAAAAUAUCGUCUUAUGAUAUUGUACAUUUUCAGAUGAAUGAAAACUCCGAUUUAAUAAAAUUAGCCAUCGGAUCGUGGGAUGAAAGUCGAAAGGGAAUUCAGAUAAACGUUUCCGGCAUAAAGUGGAAUACCGCGGCAGGUCACAAAAUUAUUCCAAAGUCGUUCUGCCAUAGAGAUUGCCUUGCUGGUGAAUAUCAGUUGCCGACGACCUCUUGCUGUUGGACUUGCCACAAAUGUUCGGAUGGAACUGUUAGCACUGGAGUGAAUGAUAUGAAUUGCACCUUGUGUCCCCGAGGAAAAAAGCCCAAUGUACGAAGGUCAAAAUGCCUGGAUCUUCCUGAAGUAGAAGUCAUGUGGUCGAGCACUGCGUCUGUCCUUAUCGUUCUGUUUGCGACUGCUGGAUUCCUUCUCCUUGCCAUUUGCAGUUUCAUUCUCUUUAAACUCUGGAACACUCCCCUUGUCAAAGCAGCUAACCGCGAGUUAAGUUCUAUCCUUCUGUUUACAAUCGCACUGUCCUUUUCUUCCUCUAUUUUAUCCCUCACCAAGCCUACGAGCUUUACGUGCGCUUUGCUUCACUGCUGGCGGCCCAUGGUUCUCGUAACAAUCAUCUCCAUACUGAUAAUUAAGACCAUGAAGAUACUCAGCGCAUUCCAAAUAAACGUUAUGGCCGAGAGAUUAAAAAAAUUCAUUCUUUCCACAAAGAGACAAACCUUUAUCGUUCUGAUGCUAAUAUUUCCACCAGCUGUAUUCUGCUCGUUAUGGAUUACUUUGGACUCGCCACACCAGCAACGGAUCGUACAGACAAAUAGAGGUUCAAUCCUUCUCUCGUGUUCUUUGCAUCAAUCGUACGUUGGAAUGAGUUUUCAAAUCGCUAUAUCUGUGUACACGUCUCUUCUUGCAGUGGCUUGUACAUAUUACGCCUUCAAAGCUAGAACACUUCCUGAAAACUUCAACGAAGCGAAGUAUAUUGGAUUCUCUAUGUACAUCUUACUUCUUUCAAGUAUAGCAUACUUCCCUAUUGACAUUGGCUUAAGGGGUUCCCACGCAACAAACUUGACUUGCGCCAUGAUACUUGUCAGUUCUUAUGGACUAUUAAUUUGCAUGUUCGCUCCGAAGAUUUUCGUGAUUCUUCUCAAACCUGAACAAAAUACACACCAGGCCGUUGGUUCACAAGUGACGGACUACUCAUUU